AAUAUAAUCUUUUAAUAGGAAAACUAGAUAAAUUUGACUAUAUUUAAAACAAUUUCAGCUGCUAAGGUGUCAUUUUUUCAGUGAGUAUAUUGUAGAAAGUGUAAGCUGCAUUUCACAAGAAUAAGGCCAUUAUCACGGAACUAAAACAGUAGGUCUAUUAAAAGACAUUAUUGCUGUAGUGCCUGAAUUACUGUACCAUAGUGACCUUUUAAAAACAAUGAUAUUUGAUUCUGAAUUAGCUCACGUUCACAGGUUGGCUAUUGAAAAGGCCAGGUGUCAGAGUGAGUGCUUUUCCAUUUACUUAGCUGCUUCUCUAACCCUCUUUGCAUUAUGGAAAUCUCCCCCAAUCUACUUACCUCUCUGUGCUUGUGUGCAGGACUUCAGAAGCGACCUAACCAUCUGGCCUAAAGUACCCCGGCUGGAAAUUCUCUACUCAGCCAAUCCAAACAAUUCAAUCAUUAUCUAUUAAUAUAGUCAUUGUCCUCAUGUUUAUCAGACUCACUGUAUGUCUGAAACAUAGAUUUACAUUUCCAGAAUUCAGUUCAACUCAUGGCAUCAUGGUUUUUCAUGUGUUUAGUCAAGAAAUUGCAUAAACACUGUUUCUGUUUAUAUAUUAUUUCACAAUUAUAACCUGUUAUAAAUUGUAAAUAUUAAAAAUGGCAGGUUUUUUGAUGUGAAAAAAGAAACCAAGAUAAAUCAUGUCAGAACUUUUUCCACCCUCAAUGUGAAAUUACAGCGUAUAAAAAUUAAGUGAAAAAUAAUCUGAAACAGUUUAGGGAUAAAUAGAAAAUAUAAAAAAACUUACAAUAACCUGGUUGCAUAAGUAUACACACCCCUAAACUAACACAUUGUUGAAGCAGCUUUUGAUUUUAUUACACCACUCAGUCUUUUUGGCUAAGAGUCUCUCAGCGUGGCACAUCGUGACUUGGCAAUAUUUUCUCACUCUUUCUGGCAAAAACAUUCUAGAUCCAUCAAAUUGUAAGAGCAUCUCCUGCGCACAGCUCGCUGCAGGUCAACUCACAGAUUUUUAGUUGGAUUCAGGUCUGGGCUCUGGCUACAUCAUUCAAAAACACUGAUCUUCUUUUGGUUAAGCCGUUCCUUUGUUGAUUUGGACGUGUGCUUUGGGUUGUUGUCGUGCUGAAAGGUGAAAUUCCUUUUCAUCUUCAGUUUACUAGCAGACACCUGAAGGUUUUGCACUAAAAUGGACUGGUCUUUGUAGCUGUUCAUGAUUCCCUCCACCUUGAUAAAAGUCCCAGUUCUGGCUGAAGAAAAUCAGUCCUAAAGCAUGAUGCUGCCACCACCAUGCUUCACCGUGGCUAUGGUGUUCUUUUGGUUAUGUGCUUUUUUUUUUGCACCAAACAUACUUUUUGGAAUUAUGGAAUUAUGGGAUUGGUCUCAUCAAACCAUAACACGUUUUGCCACAUGAUUUGGGGUGAUUUAGUUGAGCUUGGAUGUUUUUUGUGAGAAAGGGCUUCCGUCUAGCCGUCCUACCCCACAGCCCAGACAUGUGAAGAAUAUGAGAGAAUGCUGUCACAUGCAGAGAAUAAUCAGUACUUGUCAGAUGUUCCUGCAGCUCCUUUAAUGUUGCUGUUGGUCUCCUGGCAGCCUCCCUGGUAAGAUUUUGUCUUGUCCUUUUGUAAAUUUUGAAGGGACGUCCUGUUCUUGGUGAUGUCUUUGUGGUGCUGCAUUUUCUCCACUUGUUGAUGAUGGCCUUUACAGUGUUCCAUGGUACAUCUAAUGUUUUGUGUACCACUCUCCUGAUCGUUACAUUUCGACAGUGGGACCCUGUACAGGCUUUGUAAGCUGUUUGCAGACCAUGGCUACAGAAGUCACAUGAAACCAAGAAGAAAAAGCUGGUCUUUAUUUGGGGUUAAUCAGAAUAAUUUCAUUGAUGAUUACUUUUGAACAUGAGAUUGAAUGUGAUUGGUUCAUUCUGAAUACAGCCUCAUCCCCAAUCAUAAAAGGGUGUGCACACUUCUGAAACCAGGUUAUUGUAAGUUUUUUAUUUUUCUUAUUUUUCCCUAAAAUGUUUCUGAUUGUUUUUCAUUUAAUUUUUAUACGUUGUAAUUUCACAUUGAGGAUGGAAAAAGUUCUGACAUGAUUUAUCUUGGUUUCAUUUUUUUUUUUUCCAAACCUGCCAUUGUAUCAGGGGUGUGUAGACUUUUUAAUAUCCACUGCAGCCCAUCUGGGAGUGCAAAAACCGAUGUACCUACUUCCAUUGCUUCCUGGCAAGUUACUUUGCCUGGCUAUCUCUUUUUGAGGUUAAUCAUGUUACCCAGACAGAUCAGCUGCAUUAGCGACAAGAAAUACAGUUCACCUGACACCUACAGCUUUUAAGACUCACGUGUGCUCGUCUAUCCAUUCCUCUUUAGAGGACAUCAUUUAAAGGAUCAGGACUGGGGUCAGGAGAGGGCAUGGUGAGAGAAGCAGGGGUGGGCGAGUGGGUUGGACCCAGAGAGAUGUGGGAGGCUCAAAAGAAGGAAGUUAGAGCGUGUAAGAGCAGACAGAGAGUCUCACAACGAGAGACACUGAUGGAAAAGAUGGAACAGAAGGGGUGUAUGAUAAUGACCCAGCAGGUGAGCUCUUCACCCUUCCUGAAGGCUUUUUACCUAAAGAUGCCACUAAGUGUCUCUAGUCCUCUCCGCCAGCGACGCCACACACUUCCUGCUAGUGAAUUCCGCAACCUCACACCACAGGACGCCAUCAGUGUGUUUGAGAUUGAAAGAGAAGCUUUCAUCUCAGUGUCUGGAGAGUGUCCACUCAGACUGGAUGAGGUGCUGAACUUCAUAGGUCAAUGUCCUGAGCUCUCCAUGGGCUGGUUCGAGGAAGGACAGCUGGUGGGCUUCAUUAUCGGAUCUGGCUGGGACAAGGAAAAACUUGCACAGGAAGCUCUGACACGUCACAUGCCCAACACUCCUACUGUACACAUCCACGUGCUGUCUGUGCACCGGCACUGUCGCCAGCAAGGGAAAGGCUCCAUUCUGCUGUGGCGUUACCUGCAGUAUCUACGCUGCCUUCCAGGUGUGCGCCGAACCCUGCUUGUGUGUGAGAAGUUUCUCGUGCCUUUCUAUGAGAAGGCUGGCUUUAAGGAUAAAGGGCCCUCAGCUAUCACGGUAGGAGCGCUGCGCUUCAGAGAGAUGGAAUAUACGCUCGCAGGGCUGGCCUACGCACGGCGUAAGAGCAACUGCUAAAUGUCUAUGAGCACAGCUUACAGUGGUGUGAUUUUACAGUGAAGGACACCAAUGCUCAGAUUCUGAGUAGCAAGUGAAGGCUCAGGAAAGAAAACUCCAGCCAGCCACCAUGAUCAGUGUCACCCUGAUGAGCGCGAUCCAAACCAGAGACAGCAAUUAUUUCAAUCUGGACAUAAUGUUAUAAAUGGCAUGAAAAUAUAUGAAGGUUAGAUGAAAUGAAAGAAGCUGUGUAAGUAAGUACAGUUUGGUGUAAAGGAUUCUGUGCACACUGCAUUGAUUGCAUUCCACACGUUCAUACUGGUAUGAUGUACACUGAAUUGUCUGUAAGCCACCAAGUCAACUAAUCAUUCCUAACAUUUUUAGUCGACUAAAGGUGCGUUCACACCAGCGAGCGAGAAAAGGGGCAGGCGAUGAUUUGUUUUCUAUGUGAACACGACAGUGAGACAAAGCGACAGCAUGACAAGUGUUGAGAUUUUCUCAAAUUUAUGGAAAUUAGGCAUGAUGCGCUACAGUGACAACACCAAACCACUGGCCCGGAUGAUUCCUCGGACCAAUCGCAUGGCGCACAAUAUGACUUUUUUUCCCCACUUCGUCCUCUCACAACUUUAGUUUCUAUAUGCAAUUACUUCGUAAGUACUGCUUGACUUGGAAGAAGGGAAGAAAGCAUUAUAACUAUGGUUCCAUCUUAUCUUGUUAUAUAAGACCUAAAUGUCUAUAGAGACGUUACAAAAAAAUUAAGCUUGGAAAGAAGUAGCAAAGAUCAAUGAUGUCUCUGGAGAGUGUCUGUAGCUAGUAGCUUGAGCUGCUAAUCUGCUAAAAGCUAAUACGAAGCCUGGCACAUAAGGUAAAUCAGACAAUCAAUUUUCACACAUUUUUCACUUUAUUAAAUGAGUACAAUUCAUUUUAAAUAUAUCUGAAAGACAAAUAAAUUGUAGAAUGUAGUAAAUUGUGAGCUGUAGGCGACAUUUUGGCCUUUCUCAUCUGAACUAAACACAGUGCUGCAUACAUGGUACACAUCCACAAGCG